AUGGUCUCCGCUGCGUGCCCCAUUGACUCCAAAGACUAUUCAGUGCACCCAUCCUCGAUGUUACACAACUUUAGCAUUGCAUCCCACGAGUCAAAGUCACGCAGUUUACAGCGUUGUACGUCUGGUCUCAGCCAUGGCUUGCAGAUGGACGUGCAACAGGCCGUGCGGCUUGAGAAGCAGGAGCUUGAGAGGAUGGGGUUGUUGCCACGCCCUAUUGACGUGGAGAUGGCACUUGCUACCAUGAUGCCAUCCAUCGACGACGAGGACAACGAGGUGCGGGUUUCCUCGUCGCCGCCUUACUGGUUCUACCACCAGCAACAAACAGCGGUGUCGCUCAUUCAUGGACAAUACGGGGACUGUCCACCAUGCUCUCCACCCGUGCCGAUCCCUCAACAUCACCAAGGACUCCACGACGACUUGCCUUACGGUGUCGAUGCUGAUCAACUGGAAAUAUUGGGUGCUUCGCAGUGUGAAGGGCAACUCUGUGACAAGUUCUGGAACCACCGUCUGUCGCCAGUCGAGUUGCGAGAGUCGUUUCAAGCGACGAUCGGUCGUUCGAGUAGGAAAGAGCUACGAGCAGAGGCGAGCGGUGAUACUCGUCCGCUCGACAGGACAGCAGAGAUGGGUCAGCUGGAGCACAACAAGUUUCAUCCGAUGUCUUCGGCUGCAUAUAUAGUAGAUGAGGAAGAGGGCGAGGACGACGGAGACGGUGAGGACUCGAGGAAUUCGGAUGAAGAUGAGCACGUGGAUUGCUAUGGAGAUGUGUUCGAGAUGGAGGAUCUCUAG